CUAGUAUUUCUGAGCAGCCAAAGACCAUGAUUUUUCAUUGUCUCAUUUUUGUGGGUUUUAUCUCUUUCCUACCCUCAACUGAUUCCAGUAUUUCUGCACUCAGCGAGAAGCUUUCUCCCACGAUGAAUGAUGACAAGAUUAAUAAUGUUCCUAUAAUGGAGUUGCAAUCCAGCAAGGGGCAAUACAAGCUUCCCGUUCCACAUCAGAACUUGAGGCCGCGGAACCUCCGGCAUCACCCUCUCCGCCUAAAAUUAGUAAGGGGUGGUGCUUCAUUCUUGCAGAAAGUCCAUGGAAUGGUCAACAUUUUUGGAUGGGGAGUUCUCUUGCCUAUUGGUACAAUAGUUGCAAGACACUUCAAGAAAUUGCCUUCGAACAACGCUGAUUGGUACUCUCUGCACAUAUUAUCCCAAACAUCAGGAUUCCUUUUGGGCACAAUUGGAUGGGGCCUUGGUUUGUCUAUUAGAAGUGCAGCCAAAAAGCAUAAUAUGAGUGUCCACGGAAUUCUUGGCACCAUCAUUUUUGCCUUGGCCACAUUACAAACAAGACAAUAACAUAUUACAGUUAAUUAUAGCAGUGUGUGUGAGACCAAAUCAAGAAGAACAUGGAUCGAAGACUUAUUGGGUGAUAAGCCAUCAUAUUUUGGGCUAUGCUCUGAUUAUUCUCAUCAUCUCAAAUGUGUAUGAAGGAAUUGGCCAUCAAAAUUUUGCAGCAGCCAAGAAUUGGAAAUGGAUAUAUGGCGCCAUCCUGGGGGCACUUGUCUUUACAUUCCUUGCAUUGGAGCUUGUAAGGCGUGUUAAAUUUGAUGUCAGGUCAGCGUAGUGAUUCUAGAUCAUCAGAAGAACUACUGUAUUUUUUUUUAUAUAUAGAAAACAAAAAUUCAACAAUAAUAUUAUUAAUGAGUUAGUUGGAAAUCGUUCGAGUACAAUUUAUUUGACAAGGUCAGGAAGAAAAAUUCAUAAAGAUUCAGUUAGGUUGGCAAAUUUAACGAUCAAAACUACUACAUCUGAU